CAGCCUCCCCACGCGGACCUAGUCUUCCCAGCCCGGUUCCAUGAGCUAAUGAGUUAGAGCAGGCUGGAGGUCAGUGGGCUCGAGGUUAGUGAGUGGCAGCAGAAGUGGUCAAGAGGGCAGGCAGGAGUGCUAGGAAGGGGCAUUACCACUGGGUGAGGGCUCCGUGCCGGCGGUGGAAAGGGGGUGGGGUGAGAGCCCACUGGUGGGAAUUGCUCCCUCGGCGAAUGAUUAACCCGCAGCCAAAGAGGGUGACCUAGGAGGAGGGUCCGUUUCCUAGGAACUUUGGACUUGGGGUGGCAUCUCCAGGGGACCGGUGUGUGGCCCGCAGAAGAGGAGGACUUGGCUGGGUGGCAGGGCUCCAAGGACUGGCAGGAGAUCAGGUAGCUGUGGGUGUGAGGUGGUGCUGAGCACAAGGGGGCAUGGCUGUAGCCCUGCAGGUGCUGCCCUGCCUGGCCCGAGCCUCCUCACGCCCUUGCUCCUGGAGGGCUCCAGCGGCCCGGCUGGCCAGCGGCAUGGCCCUGGCGGAGCAGGCGCGACAGGUGUUUGACGGUGCUGUGGGGGCCGUGCAGCCGGGCCCCAUGCUGCACAGGGCGUUGUCCUUGGAUCCCGGGGGCCAGCAGCUGAAGGUGCGGGACCGGAGUUACCAACUGAAGCAAAACCUCUACCUCGUGGGCUUUGGCAAGGCCGUGCUGGGCAUGGCGGCGGCAGCCGAGGAGCUCCUGGGCCAGCAUCUCGUGCAGGGUGUGAUCAGCGUCCCCAAGGGGAUCCGUGCUGCUAUGGAGCAUGCCGGCAAGCAGGAGAUGUUGCUGAAGCCGCAUAGCCACAUCCAGGUCUUCGAGGGUGCUGAGGACAACUUACCAGACCGCGACGCCCUGCGGGCUGCGCUGGCCAUCCGGCAGCUGGCCGAGGGACUCACUGCUGACGACCUGCUGCUGGUGCUCAUCUCAGGUGGGGGCUCGGCCCUGCUGCCUGCCCCCAUCCCCCCCGUCACACUGGAGGAGAAGCAGACGCUCACCAAGGUGCUGGCGGCCCGCGGAGCCACCAUCCAGGAGCUGAACACCAUCCGGAAGGCCCUGUCCCAGCUCAAGGGCGGAGGGCUGGCUCAGGCCGCCUACCCUGCUCAGGUGGUGAGCCUGAUCCUGUCAGACGUGGUGGGGGACCCCGUGGAGGUGAUCGCCAGUGGCCCUACAGUGGCCAGCGCCCACAACGUGCAAGACUGCCUGCACAUCCUCAACCGCUACAGCCUUCGCACCGCCCUGCCCCGCUCCGUGAAGACGGUGCUGGCCCGGGCCGACUCCGACCCCCGGGGGCCACACGCCUGCGGCCACGUCCUCAACGUGAUCAUCGGCUCCAACGUGCUGGCGCUGGCCGAGGCCCAGAAGCAGGCCGAGGCGCUGGGCUACCGGGCGGCGGUGCUGAGCACGGCCCUGCAGGGCGACGUGAGACGCGUGGCCCGUUUCUACGGGCUGCUGGCCCGCGCGGCCGCAGCCCGCCUCACCCGCUCCGCCACGGCUGCGGCUUCCGCGGAGGAGGAGGAGGAGGAGGAGGAGGCCAAGCUUCACCAGCUGGCCGUUGAGCUGCAGCUCCCCGACCUGCAGCUGGAGGAGGCUCUGGGGGCCGUGACGGAGGCGAGGGGCCCCGUGUGCCUGCUGGCGGGGGGAGAGCCCACGGUGCAGCUGCAGGGCUCUGGCAGGGGCGGCCGGAACCAGGAGCUGGCCAUGCGUGUCGGAGAAGAGCUGGGGAGGCAGCCCCUGGGGCCCGUGGAGGCGCUGUUUCUGAGCGGUGGCACCGACGGGCGAGAUGGGCCCACGGAGGCUGCCGGGGCCUGGGUCACGCGGGAACUCUCCAGCCAGGCCGCCGCCCAAGGCUUGGACAUGGCCGCCUUCUUAGCCCACAACGACUCGCACACCUUCUUGUGCCGCCUCCAGGGUGGCUCGCACCUGCUGUACACAGGGAUGACGGGUACCAACGUGAUGGACGUCCACCUCCUGUUUCUGCGGCCUCAGUGACGGCACAGGCCGUGGUCUGAGAGUCACACACACCCAUAAGGUGUAGACCCAUGGCAGGGCCUUAGGGAAGGCGAAGGUGGUCCCCAGGGCCGCCGCCCCAGGGCUUGGGACCCCUGUGCUGAGCCUCGGCUGCUUGGUUGUCUCCUUGUCCCAUCCUACACAUUCAUCGCCAUCAACCACAUUGGAAGAUGGAGACCCUCUUCCACUCCUACCACUGUAGCGGUUGCAGGGAGCCCCGAGGACGGGGACCAGCCCCUAGGACUGUUCUCCACCCUCCUCCCUCUAAGCCACCCUUCCCAGGCCUGCCUGCUCUGUGGUGUGAUGCUAAGAGGACUGAAAAGAUAAAGGACCAGGCUGUGGGUGCACCUUCCCCUCGGGACUCACUCCAUCUAAAUGGCAGUCAGAAGCCCGGCACUGGUGGCUCAGGCCUGUAGUCAGGAAGCUGAGAUCUGAGGAUCAGGUACAAAACCAGCCCUGGGUGGGGAAAGUCCUUGAGAUCCUCUAUCUUCAGUUAACCAGCCAAAAGCCAGCAGGGGAGCAGUGGCUCAAGUGGCAGAGUG